AUGAAGUUUCACAAUAAAGAAGUGCUCAAUGAUACAUGGACACAGUUCUUGGCAUUAUGUCUUCUCCUGAUGCUGUCAGUCGAUUCACUCAAUCCAAUUAAAGCUGUAAGCCGAUUCCUAGGCUUACCAUCUUAUUAUUGGGGUCUCUUGGCUGUUGGCAUGACACUUGGUCUGCUCUUUCACAAUGCAGCAGACGUCAUAUAUCGCUCGACCCGUGUUUUUCUCAAUAGUAUCCUCAGUAUUUCCUUCAAAAGUGUCGACCUCAUUGGUCUCGACAAUGUCCCAACUGAAGGACCUGUUAUCUUUACUGGAAAUCAUGCCAAUCAAUUUGUUGAUGGCCUUGUGGUCAUGAUGACAAGUCCACGUAAAGUGGGCUUUAUGAUUGCUGAAAAAUCGUGGCAUUUGCCUGUUGUGGGUCAUUUGGCUCGUAUCAUGGGCUGCAUUCCAGUAGUUCGUCCUCAGGAUUCAGUAGCUACAGGUGUGGGUAAAAUCAAGCUCGUCAGUAGAGAACCUCUAGCGCCUGUGAGUUCAAUUUGUGGGGGUGCUAGUAGUAGUAAAUCUCAAUGGCUCGUACAAGGUGAAGGGACGAGUUUUAAUAAACAGGUGACACCAGGUGACCAGAUUCGAUUUCAAAGCAAAAGUGUCAAGGACUCGGGCUCACCUGUCAAGAUUGUACAGGUGUUGAAUGAUACACAAUUACUACUGGACGCCCCAUUGAAGAACGACAUUGACGAGAUGGUACUGGAGUAUGCUGCAUUCGGGAUUUUAAAACGUGUGGAUCAAUCGGUGACAUUUGCAAAGGUGUAUACGCACUUGAAGCGUGGCAAUUGCAUCGGUAUCUUCCCCGAAGGAGGUUCACACGACAGGACAGACUUAUUGCCACUCAAGGCAGGUGUUGCUGUUAUGGCACUCGGUGUCAAGGACAAGUACAAUAUCAAUGUGCCCGUCGUACCUGUUGGACUCAACUACUUUCGUGGACACCGCUUUCGUGGACGUGUGACUGUGGAAUUUGGCACUCCAAUCACUGUGAAUCAAGAGUUGAUGAAAAAGUACAGGGAGGACAAGCGUUCAGGCUGCAACUCUUUUCUCCACCGCGUGGAGGAGAGUAUGCGCUCGGUGAUUGUGACCACGCCGAGCUAUGGUGUCAUGCAGGAAGUGCUGACUGCCCGUCGUCUGUAUCAGCGCUCAGGUGUACGUCUGUCUGCCAAGGAGACGCAGGACCUAAACCGCCGCUUUGCUGAGGGCUACAAGGUGUUGCAGGAUAUACCCGAAGCACAAGAAGACCUCACAGCUCUACGACAGAAGCUGGAUACCUACUACAAGACGCUGCAGAAGAUGGGCCUCAAGGAUCAUCAAGUGCCCUACAUCCCGUGGUGGACCAUUCAUGACGUGCUGGGCUCGGCACUUUACGGUCUAUUGAUCCUUUUGUUGUCCUCGAUCCCGUCCUUCAUUUUGAAUGCACCAGUGGGUCUUUUGGCACGUCAUAUGGCUAACUCGGCGCAGAAGAAGGCUCUCGAGGGUUCCAAGGUCAAAGUGUUGGCGCGCGACGUUCUUCUCAGCAAGAAGAUACAGUUUUCAAUCGUAGCCGUGCCGUUGCUGUGGUUCAUAUAUCUUGCUGCGGCUGUGGCCUUUACAGAUUGGUAUUGGUCGUCCAUUAUGCUGCUCAUGGUGUCGCUCCCUAUGUUUUCAUUCUUUGGUGUUCGCUCCGUGGAGGCUGGUAUGAUUGAGCUGAAGACUGUUCGCCCUCUCUUUUACCGCCUGCUGCCGACCUACAAGGCUACACAGGAUGAGCUCCCGCGACAGCGCGCUGAGCUACAAAAGGAAGUGCGCGAGUUUGUCAAGAAAUACUCGUCAGUUUUGGGAAAGCUGGCCGAGCCAAAGAAGCUUGACUGGAGUGAGUACAUGCAUGAACGCUCGUUGCUGCUCGCCGAGAAGACCAAGAUCCAGGUCGAGUCGAUCCCACCACCACCUCCAGCACAUGAUCAUGAGGAAGAGGGUAGUGAAGAAUUUCGCGAAGGCAAAGACGACAUUGGCUCUCCCAUGCCUACGAUCACUAAAUUCCACGACAUCAGCAUCUUGGGGAAGUCAGAGAAAUCAGUGGUUGACUUGGCGGGCCUUGAACGCUCCAUGUUAUUCCCACCUGGAUACCAGGAGCUAGCCCAGGAGUUAGUCAAGCAGCGUCAAUGCUCCGAUUAG